CUUUUAUUUUUCUUUCCAGACGGCCACAGUAGAGCACAAAAACAAACUUGAACCAGAUGGGCAGUAGGUCAACACUUGCGCCAAUGUCCUCGUCUGAAGGGGAGGAACUGAAAACUGAAAACUGACGCGAGUUUGCCUUUUUUAUUUUUCCAUUGUUGAAAAAAAGGGAAGGGCUCUGCCAAGAAAAAAAAAAAAGAUCGUUUGGAAAUUAAGUUAUGCGGCAGUGAGUGCGCACUUACGCACAGGGCGCAGCGUAAACUUUGAGAUGUUGGAUCAGCUCGCCUUUGUUGUUGCUCUUGUGUCUGGUUGUAUUUCCUUUGUUUGUGUCAGCUCUUCAGCACUCACUGUGACCAUGUGUCGUGGCUAAAAACUUUAAAGCGCACAAACAAAACAAAACAGACGAGGUAAGCCGGAGACAGCAUGGGGGGCAAACAGAGCAGCCCGGUAUUUGAUGGCAGAACUCGGGCUUAUUCCAGCUCCGAUCUCCCAUCUGGAAACUCCAGUGCAGGGGAAAGGAUUGCGGGGUUUAGGUACACCAACGGACCAGAUGGCCCCAGGAUACGGUACACGGGUGGAGGGCCAGCAAGCUCCGGGCUCAGUAUACCGGCCGGCGGCAGGUCAGGGUCACACGCACUCAAUCAGAGCCUCGAUGGCACGGAUGGUGACGACGAGGGCCAGCUGCCUCCCGAUGGUCACAGGUUGCUUAUUGGGUCCCUGCCGGCUCACCUGUCCCCUCACCUGCUGGGAGGCUUCCACUGUCCUGUUUGCUCCAAGUUUAUGGCAUCGGAUGAAAUAGAGAAGCACCUGCUCAUGUGUUUCAACAAAAUGCGUCUCAACUACAACAAGGACAUCCUGUCCAGAGACUCUGGGGAAUGUGCCAUCUGUUUAGAAGAGCUGGAGCAGGGAGACACCAUUGCCAGGCUGCCCUGCCUCUGUAUCUACCAUAAAGGGUGUAUAGACGAGUGGUUUGAGGUGAAUCGCUCGUGUCCAGAGCAUCCCGCAGACUAGGAGCUGCAAGGGUACAGUUUCAGGCUACUGUGCCUGCACCUCGUCCCAACACUGUAUGUUCCAGCCGAGCAUCAGCGCUCCUCAGGGAUUGUAAGACAUUGUUGUGUACAGGAUUUUUCAUAUUGCCUCAUGGAAUAUCGAUGGACUGUGGAUAUGUUUCUCUAGACGUCGCGGGAUGUUCAAAGAACCACUGGUGGAGUUGUUUUUUCUCCAAAAAAAUAUGUGAAUGUUCCUCACGCCACCUGCUGGCCUAAAGUUGGCUCCUGCGACCUGGGAUCUGAACUGAACUGAUUUGCUGAACAAGGUGUGGUGUUAUGGCAGAGGACUUGUAUAAUCAACACGGUGGGAGAGUGUGCCUCUAGUAGCCUUUUUUCAGCAAAGAUUUAGUUUCAGAAAACUGAAGGCUGAUGUUGUGCAAUGUAAAAACAGCCAUACAAAAUUAUAUCAGCUUUAAUGGGUGAUUACAGUGUUAAUGUUAGUUCUGAAGAUCUUAAUUUUAUUGCAAAAUUGGCUAUCAUUGUUUGUUAAACAAUCUUGUGUCCUAGACCGAACAGUCUAACGUGAAAUAGUCUGACUUUGUUAAUCACCUGGCCAUUGAGAACCACAGUAAUGUGACUGUGUAGUUUAGAGUUGGAAUAAAAGAUGGGUGAAAACAUAUCUAAUGAUGAUUCAUGCUCUCACUAAGGAGUGCCAUAAUAUGCUGCUAUGUCGUAGACUGGAAACGUUUCUUAUAACCUUUGAACCUUUGUUCAGUGUACUCUCUGUUUGUACUGUAAUGAACUGCACAACAAUAAAUGUUUUAUCUUGUC